AUGAAGUCCGGUCUUAUUGCUCUGGCUGUUGCCUCCACUGGCUAUGCCGCCGCCGUGAAGCGUGAUGCGUCCACCUGGGCAGAUGUCACAAGUGCCACCACAACCAAGUCUGUUGCUCCCACUACAACUCAGGCUACCUGGGGCGAUGUCACCACCACAACGACCAAGUCUGUUGCUCCAACGACAACUCAGGCCACCUGGGGCGAUGUCACCACCACGACCAAGUCUGUCGCUCCCACUACCACCACCAAGGCCACCUGGGGUGAUGUGACGACCACCACAACCAAGUCUGUCGCCCCCACCACGACAACUAAGGGAUGGGUCGACUACACCACCACAACCACCAAGCCUGUCGUCGUUACCACGACCACCAAGGGCUGGGUUGAUUACACUACGACCACGACCAAAGGCUGGGUCGAUUACACUACGACCACGACCAAGGGCUGGGUCGACUACACGACCACAACAUCUGCAAAGCCCACUACAUGGGCGGACUACACCACCUCUGCGAAGCCUACCACAACGCAAGGCUGGUCAGUGGUUCCUCCUCCUGUCAAGCCUACAACCACGCAGGGCUGGUCAGUGGUUCCUCCUCCUGUCAAGCCUACGACCACUCAGGGCUGGUCUGUUGUCCCUCCUCCUGUUAAGCCUACGACCACUCAGGGCUGGUCUGUGGUUCCACCUCCUGUCAAGCCCACUUCAAGCCAAGGCUGGAGUGUGGUUCCUCCUCCUGUUAAGCCUACCACCGCAGGGUGGAGCGCAGCUUCUUGGAGUGACGUCCCCGUCAAGCCAACCACUGCCGCACCAUCGUGGUCCGUUGUGCCAGCUCCCGCCCCAGCUAAGUCAUCGACUUGGGCUGUUGUCCCAGCGCCUGCACCAGCAGCAUCGUGGUCCGCCGUCCCGGCCCCUGCACCUGCUGCUUCGUGGUCUGCUGUCCCAGCUCCUGCACCAGCAGCUUCGUGGUCUGCUGUUCCAGCCCCAGCACCACCUGCUACUACGCCAGCACCUCCCCCAGCGCCACCUGCUACUACGCCGGCGCCGGUCAAGCCCUCGACUUACGCCCCGGCACCAGCAGUCAGCACUUACGUUGGCGGUGCCUCUUCCAACAAGGCUGCUGGCGCUCUCGUCGGCGGUCUCGUCGCUCUUGUCGCCUUGGCUUAA